CUAAGAGGGAAGUAACAAGAUUUAAAAUUACUGAUAAAGUGAGAUUGAUUUCACUUUUGGUUUGUAUCAUGUUGGAAGAAUGAAAAAGAGACAUUGACCUCACAUCUGGAGGAAAAGUUGAAUCUGAAUGAUGACAGAAAUGAGGUUUCAUUUCUAUGACAAUUGAUAAGGAAAAGUUGAGCUUACUUUUUUUUAUGGUUAUAAUAGUUCUAUCAAAAGCAAAGAUACAUCAUGGAUAUGGGCUGUCAAUUUGUUCAAUGCAAUUGAUUUUAACCUUAAACUUCAAUGAUCUAAAUGGAUGGUUUGUUUUUCUUAAUUGAAUAUAUUAUUCUGUUAUUGUUCCUUUUCCUGCAGUAGUUCUAAGCAGAGAAAAUGGUUCUAACAUCAAGCAUUACAAGAAUUCUACCAAGUUUGUUUAAUGAAUUAAAACAGUGAAUAUUCUUUGUGCUUGUCUAUAACCUAUCUAUAAAAGCAAGAAAAAUGAGUCUAACAACACGGUGCAUCUAACAAACUGGAAAUGGCCAAUUCACCCUCCUUGGAGAUUGAUGGGCAAGCUGCGAGCUGGGCUUCUCCAGGAAGCCAUUGUCGUCGUCAUCACUUCGUGCUUCUCCAGCAAGCUUUUCAUCAAUUUAUGCUACAACUACACAGCUUUUAUCCAAGUCUCUCUGUAUUGAACAUGGAAGGUUGCCCUGGUAGUACAGCAUGCUUGGAUUCUCUUGCAGUUGCAGCUAUUCCUGCCCUGCUAUAUUUCAACCUAAGCAGAUGUAAUUUGUCUGAUGAUGAGUGUGAAAAGUUUUCAGGCAGAUUACAAGUGAACUUCACUUUGUAUCCCUCCGGGUGGCUACAGAAUCUGAAAGUACUAAACUUGGGAUUCAAUGAUAUCUCAGAUGCUUGUUUGGUACACAAGAGAGGUUUAAUGAAUCUGGAGAGCUUAAACCUGGAUUCAUGUAGGAUUGAUGAUGAAGGUCUGGUUAACUUGACAGGAUUUUGUCAUACAAAGGAAUGGAAUGGAACAUGUAAGCUUAAAAAUUUAGGAAGUGUUUGGUUCACUGAAAUAAAGGAGGGGAAUCAUAUUUGAUUGAAACAACAAAACUUGAGCACCCUAUUUUGAGCACUAAUGCAGGAGAUGGAUUGUUUUAGUGAAUGUGCCUCAAAGAAUUGAGAGACAGUUACCACUACAAUGAAGUUCAAAUGCUCAAAAACCUCAUCCUCCCGUGCAAAUAACUGGCAUAUUAGCAUGUAUAAUCAAGAUGGUCAAUGUAUUUUCUUUAUUAUUGCCUAUGAAUGAUCCACAAUUCUUAAAUCAUGUUCUGUGGUUCAAUAUUUAACCAAUUUUACUUGUAAUUUCAAUUCAUACAAUAAGAUUUAUAAAACUUAAUGACAGCUUACAGUGUCUUUUGCCUUGCUCUA